UUUGCACAUCCAGAGUCCAUCGGAUACCGUAUUUUGAUUACACUGGUAGUAUGUUUGGUGCUGUGUACGUGUGUCCUCCUUCUGCGACUGUACACAAGGUACUUUAUUACUCGUAUGCUUGGUGCUGAUGACUACAUGAUAAUUGCCGCAAUGCUUCUAUCGAUGGGUUAUCUUGUUAGUGUGAUCGAGCGUAAGUUUAUAUAUUACGUUUGUCAGCCUGCUUAGUCUAUAAUUAAUAAUUCUUAAGUUAUUAGAUAUGGAGUUGGGAUGCAUAUGUGGGACAUUCCUGUUGCCAAUUCCCCUGUUAUCUUAAAGUGGUCAGUGACGCAAGGUGUCUUCUUUGGCCUCUCUAUUUUAUUCGCCAAGCUCUCGAUCCUUCAAUUCUAUUUACGACUGUCACCGCACCCAUACUUUCGGAUCACUGUACACACGCUGUCGGUGACGAUAACUCUAUAUAGCCUUGUGUGUUCAUUUCAAUUCCUAUUCGCUUGCCGGCCUAUGGCAAAGUAUUGGGAUUAUUCUAUUCAAUACGGAUCAUGUAUUGACUCGGUGAUAAUCUGGAUAUUCAACUCAGUGAUGAACUCAAUUACGGAUAUCACCAUGAUAUUUCUGCCUAUUUUGAUGAUGUGGAAUCUACAAAUCUCAAGAAGACAAAAAAUUGCGGUGAAUUGCAUUUUCUUGUUGGGAGGAUUUGUCUCCAUUGUUAGUAUUAUUAGGCUGGUAUAUAUCGUUAUGUUAUUAUAUAUCAAAUCCGACACCACCUGGUCUGCAGUGCAAAGUGGAAUUUGGGCUGUAAUCGAGUUGUAUGUUGCCAUAAUAUGCGCAUGCCUGCCUCAUACCAAACCCUUCUUCAUGCACCACUUCCCAAAGUUACUCCGGUCCUCAACCACACUGCCAUUUUCAACCGCACAUCCCUAUUCAAAUACCCAGCGCUAUUCAAACUCCCAGGCCUUUUCUCGCGGGAACCGAUCCGAGGCGAACGACGAGGACGAACUAGACACGUGCAAGGAUAUUUCACUUCGGGUUUUGGUCACAGGCGGCAAGACAGCCACACCGUCAAUAACAGACACGGAGAGUCAAAAAGCCAUUUUGGGUGACGACGGUAUUUUCGUUCGUUCAGAGGUCCAUGUCGGGGAGGAAUCCGCUCGUCGAGAUAUACCCUAGCGUCCUUCGCACGAGCGUUUUUUUCGAGAGAAACUCUCGGGAAAUUCUGCCCUGGAAAUCUUUUCUCUCGUCUC